AUGAUCGUAGCGUAUAUAGAGAAAAAAAAAAGACAAAGUAAAGUGAUGAGUGGUCCAACAGCAAUUAAUUGUUUGACACAUGGUGAUCAAACAUAUAGAUAUGUUUGUGUUUCAUGUUCAACAUUGGUUUGUGAUAUUUGUUUAAAUACAACCCAUCAUAAACAUACUAUUCGGUCACUAAGAAUAGCUCAUUCUCUCACAUGUCAAGUUAAAGAUCAACAUCAUGGUCAUCUUGAAGUUGAAAAAGAUGGUGCUGAUCAACAACAACAACAACAAGAACAAGACAGCAACAAAGUCAGUGUCGACUCUAAUCAAUACAAUUACUAUAGAUUGUUUUGUGAGACUUGUACCAAGUUAUUAUGUGACAAUUGUAUAGAUUAUGGUGAUCAUGAAGGUCAUGGUUUCAAAUCACUACCUUUUAUCACUACCAACAUCAAUGUCAAUGUCAGUAUGAAUAAUAUGAAUAGUGUAGUUCAAUCUGGAUUAGACCAACAAAACCAACAAUUCCAACAAUUACAACAACAACAAUUACAACAACUGCAACAACUACAACAACACCAACACCAAUUAGAACAACAAUUACAACAACAACAAUUACUUCAACAACAACAACAAUUAAUUGGUAGACAACAAUUAGAAGAAGUUGAACCACUUAAAGAAGAUAAUAUUCCAUCGUCUGCUCAACGUCGUCAACACAACAUCAUCAACGAUGCACCAUUCUUUCAAAGAUUAUCUGGACACUUACCAAUGGAUGUAUCUGCAGUUGGAGGAGGAUCGUCUGCUUCAUCUUCCAAUGAUGAUGAUAUAGAGUAUCCACUCCCACCAAUCCUACCUUUGGCUCAUCGUAUCGCACCCAAAUCAUUUGACAAUGCAUUUGGUGUCCCAGAAUCAGGUCUAGAGAAACAAUUCCAAGAGUGUGUCAAUGCACUCAAAUAUUUUGAAGGUCGUCGAAUCAAGUUACAAAAGGUUGUGCGAGUUGCUAAAAAGAUCAUGUCCAAGCAUAUCCCCGCCGCAGCUUUUCUCGGUUGUUGUUAUGCACUCGGACAUCUCAGCUCAAGUGGUACAUCCAACUUUGAAAAAGGGAUACCAUACUUGAAAAUGGCAACAAAUGUUGGCCAUCCACGUGCUUGUUAUGAAUAUGGAAGAUUAUUAGUACUUAAAUUAAUACCAUUAACAGAUACACAAAAUGGAGUUCAAGUUGGAAUUGAUUUAGUUAGAAGAGCUGCUGUAUCUGGAUACUAUGAAGCAUUUGAUUUAUUGUCACAGUAUCAUCACAAGAGAGGUGAGAUCAAGGUUGCAAUUGAUUGGCAGAGACGAUAUAUCGAUGCGUUGGAAUUACCCAAUCCCAAAGAAAACCAAAAGUUGAUUCAAUUGUACUGGCAAACAUCUCGACCUGAAUACCAUCCAGAGAUAUUCAAAAUACUUCGUGAAGAGUAUAUCACCAAUGAAGGUAGAUCCUAUUCGAUCCUACAAUACGCCAGUUGCUAUCAAAAGGGAAUUGGCACGGAAAUCAAUAUGCCUAGAGCAAUGGACCUGUACAUUCAAGCCGGUGAAAAUAGAAUACCCGAAGGGUACAUACAAGCUGGCAUCAUUCAUAUGCUCGGCUAUGACAACAUCCCAAAAGACUUUGGUCAAUCUAAAAUUUGUUUUGAUCUUGCCGCUAGUCUUGGCUACUACAACACAUCAAAACAAUCAAUGUUACGUCUUGAACAUACAUUAUUAUUAUCAUCAUCAUCAAAUAAUCAAAUUAAUAAAUAA